AUGUCCGCGGAAGAACUAAAGGGAAUAUUCCCACUCACAAAGCCAUUGCCUUUACCGUCUAAUAAUACACCUCUUUCUAAAAUCGUUGAUCUCCAAUUCGAAGAAGAGUUAUCGAAAAAUCCCACCAAUCUGCGUGUCUGGUUCAGCUACAUCGACGUCGUGAACUCCAAGCUUGAAUUAUUGACCCCAAUUGAAGAGGAUGACAGUAUAUCCACGUCUACCAAGGAGUUACUGGGACCGCUCGCAACGCCAGAUAGACGCACCAUUUAUCAGACUCUUACAAGUAUUUACGAGAGAGCUCUCGGCGUAUUUCCAUUUAAUUAUCGGCUGUGGUAUGCCUACCUGCUCAUGAGGUUGUCAUUUUUAACUGAAAACAUCACCCACGACGAUAUCAACCAGCUGAGGAACAACAGAAGACGCUUAGUAAGAGGGCAGCCGUUGAUCGAUUUGGAGAAAGGUGACGAGAGGAUCCCUUGGAAGGAGGUGUCUGAGGCUAACUACUUGGAUGGAUUGAUCGGCGAGUCUGAGUGGAAGGCCACUGCUGCCGUUUUUGAAAGAUGCCUAUCAUGGCUACAGAGCAUGCCACGUAUAUGGUUGUUGUAUUUAUCACUACUCAGCAAUCCGGCCUGCCCACCCCGUUUAGGGCGCACACAUGCUAGGCGUACGUUCGAUAGAGCGCUGCGCACCCUUCCCCCUUCGCUACAUAUGCGUAUUUGGCCAGCCUAUCUCAAUUGGGCCAAGUCGAUGGGUGGACAUUGUCUGACCAUCAUUUGGAGAAGGUAUUUGGCAGUUGAUCCAUACCCAAUCGAGACCUACAUUCAACUUUUACUAAAUGGCGAGAAGCCUUCGAGUAGGGCCCUCGAGGCUUGUAAGCUUCUGCUCAAACUUUCAAGAUUGUCAAGAGAGAAUCACUAUGUGUCUCCUCAAGGUAAAAGUCCCUACAUGUUACUUAAUGAUUGGUUGGAGGUUUGCUCCGAGUACGCUGACAUUGUCGGCGUUGAUGUCGAAAAGGCGACUGCGUUGAAACCGGUACAAGUCGGGGGACGACACAAUGAAAUGGAUAAAAUUACAGAAAGCAUUUCAAAACAACCCGAAGACGAGAAGCCGGCUGGUAUUGAUUCAAAUGUUGAUGCUGAUAUUGACCCUUCAAAUGAUCAGAAAUUAGAUGUUGAUUAUUUGGUACGCAAAGAUGGUUUGUCAAUAUACAAAGACCAAGCUGGUAGAUUGUGGACUGGAUUGGCCACAUACUGGAUCCGUCGUGGAGAGUUCGAAAAAGCUCGUCAAGUGUUCGAAACGGCGAUUAAGUCAGUGGUCACAGUCAGAGAUUUCACGCAAGUGUUUGAUGCUUAUGCGGAGUUCAAUGAGCAAUUAGUAACAUCUUUAAUGGACGCCUUAGCAGAUAUAGAUGAUGAUGAAAAAAAUGAUCUGGAGGAAGACCUGGAUAGUAAUAUGCAAUCAUUCGAGCAUUUAAUGGACAGGCGACCAAUUUUAGUAAACGAUGUAAUGUUACGUCGUAAUCCGAACGAUGUCAACGAGUGGCAGAAGCGCAUUGCAUUGUUCGACAAUGACGACGAAAAGAUUGUUAAUACAUACACAGAUGCUAUACUCACCAUAAAACCCAAACAAGCAGUCGGAUUUGGAGAUCUUUAUGCAAACUUCGCAAAGUAUUACGAAUCCAAAGGAGAUAUAGGUAGUUCCCGUCAAAUCUUUGAAAAGGCAAUUGAUGUAAAUUACCGCCGUAUCGACGAGCUCGCAGAAAUCUGGAUUCAAUGGUCAGAGAUGGAAUUGCGACAUGAUAACUUUAACGAAGCGGUGAAGGUGAUGGAAAGAGCAACGACUACACCAAAAAACACAAAGGUGGACUAUUAUGAUGAGAGUUUGUCUCCACAGAGGCGAUUAUUCAAAUCGUUGAAAAUGUGGUCAUUCUAUGUCGAUAUUAUGGAGAGUAUUGGAAGUGUUGAAUCUACCAAAGCAGUUUAUGAUAAGAUUUUGGAUCUAAAAAUAGCCAAUGCACAGAUAAUCAUCAACUAUGCUUUGUUUUUGGAGGAAAACGAUUACUUCGAUGACAGUUUCAAGGUCUAUGAACGCGGUGUGGACGCAUUCACUUACCCUGUCGCAUUUGAGCUUUGGAACGUAUACUUGUCAAAGUUCUUGAAGCGUUAUGGAGGAUCUAAGCUGGAACUGGCGCGUGACUUGUUCGAACAAGCUGUUGAGGGAAUACCAAGCAAAUUCGCCAAACCAAUAUUUCUGAUGUUUGGUAAAUUAGAAGAGGAAUAUGGACUUGCAAGGAGAGCCAUUAGAGUUUAUGAACGUGCUACACAAGCGGUCUCGGAUAAAGACAAGUUUGAGAUGUACAAGAUAUUGAUUGCAAAAGUAGCUAUGAAUUUUGGUCUCGCAGCUACGCGACCUGUCUACGAAAAGAGUUUAGAAGAGUUACCGGAUAAGUCUGCGAUAGUAAUGGGCUUACGCUUCGCAAAUCUUGAAAGGAAGCUCGGAGAGAUUGACAGAGCGAGAUCAAUUUACGCGCAUACUUCGCAGUUUUGUGAUACAAGAAUUCAAAAGGAGUUCUGGAAUGAGUGGAACCAAUUCGAAAUUGAUCACGGUAGCGAGGAUACAUUCAGAGAGUUCUUACGUAUUCGUAGAUCGGUACAGGCGUCAUUUAACACAGAGGCACAUUAUUUGGCAGCGCAAUCGCUGCACAACAACGCGAGCAAGUCGGGCGAAGAUGGUGGGGAAGAAGAGGCGACUGCUAUUAAUGACCCAAUGGCAAACGUUGAGAGAAAUAUACCAGGAUUCGUCAAAGGGAAAACACAGGAGAAGGACGGUACAGGCGAGGAAGGGGAUAGUGAAGGAGUUGAGGGAGGAGGAACUAAUAAUGAAGAUGAGAUAGCAAUCGAUGAAGAGGAUAUGUAG